AAUGCCUCUAAAAUCUAAAUGACUCUUCUCUCUGUAACUACUGCUUCCACCACCUCCAACCCAAAUUUCCACAACCAUCUUUUGUUUCUCUCAUUCUCCACUCUCUCUCGUUCUUCCACUUCCUCCAUCUCCUUCCCAACCCAUUCUCACCGUGUAUUUCAACCUCUCUCUUCUACCUCCACCGUGCUCCGUCUUGCCAGUUGCCGCGCCGCCACCCCCGGCCCUCCACCACCACCCCGGACUGACCCACCUUCAGGAAACGAUUCAAGCCACCUUAAAGUGAAGGUUCAGCUUUUGGUAUUGACAAAAUUUUUUGGAUUUUUCUUUUGGGGAGGAGCAGAUCUUGCUGCAUCUUUAUCCAAAAUUCAAGAUAGAGUACAGAUCUUCUUUGCUGUUCUUUUCUGGAUGUCUCUAUUCUUUUGGGCUUCUGCCUGGGAUGGGAGGAAUAGACCGAACAAGGGAUCAAGAUUUAGAAGAUAAAAUAGGGUCUGGUACGGGCGAAGUGCUAGCUGAUGGUGGAGUCCCAGAAACAUUUUUGACUUAUAUGAAGAAUAAUGAAGCUACAGGCACAUAUUCCGGGGCAGAUAUCAGGACAGGUACCUAAUCAAGCAGGGUCUCAGUUGCCUGGACUGACCCAAGUUGGGAAUGCCAUCCCUCCUCAGAUGCCAACUUUAGGUGGUAUACAACGUUCAACAAUUAAUAUGGAUCCUGAAUUUCUAAGAGCACGUUCAUUUAUUCAAGAAAAGAUCUGGGAUAUGUUAUUGCAACGACAACCGCAGCCAGUUACAGAAGUACAGAGAAGGAAGUAUAAGGAUCUUGCAAAACGCCUAGAGGAGGCCAUGUUGAAAGCUGCUCUCUCUAAGGAGGAUUACAUGAAUUUGGAAACCCUAGAGAGUCGUUUAUCUAAUGUCAUCAAACGAGCAUCUAUGAAUAAUCACAACCAACAGUAUCCGCAGCUUGUUAGCUCUUCUCCAAUUGGUACAAUGAUACCAACCCCUGGUAUGUCGCAUGUUCCAAAUUCAAACAUGGUGGUUGCAUCGUCUAUGGAUGCCUCAAUGAUUUCUGGCAGUGGUUGUAAUAGCAUAGUAUCAACAUCUUUCAAUAGUGUAAGCAUGUUACCAGCUGGUGGCAUGCUUGGCAAUUCCUUAAAUAGAUCUGAUGGUAAUAUUAGAUGUUAUAAUUCUUUACCAAUGCUUUCACUUUUAUUUUAUUUUCCUUCACUGUAG